GAGAGAGUCUGGAAGAGUGGAGAGGUGAGGUGUCGGGUUAUGGAGGAAAACGUCUUAAUGGCCGUUGUUAGUUUGUAUUUUUUAGGGGAAGAUGGUGACGCUUUGAACUUGGUUUUUUGGAAGCUGCUGCUGCUGCCUUUUCUUUAAGUAGACAGUGGAAGUGGGUCUCUAAGCAAAAGCAGCAACCAACAAACCCAACAAACAGGAUGACGAAACUGAAUGAAAUGAGUUUUUGUGUGAAUUAAGGUUUGAGAAACAAGUGUAAGACGACAAGACAUAUCUGGCUAGAGUUUGUUUGGUUGGUGGGCUGAGGUUGGUGUUUUCAAGUUGAAACAAACAUGUCUGUGGCAUUAGUUUGGGUUGUUUCCCCCAACACCGAGGUGUUCAAAUUCUAUGGGAUUUUAGAUUCAUCGAGGUUUGUUUUGGGGAAUCGAAGUUCGAUUAGAGCAAAGAUGGGUGGGAAACAGGAUUGGAAAUCUUGCUCUCUCAGCACAGAUGUGAAGUAUUCAUCAGUAGGAGGGUCUGGUUUAGGGAGUGAAGCCAAAUUUCCAGUUUUAUUAAGCAUGGUGGCCAACCCGCUUGGAGAAUCAGCUGUCUCGUCGGAACAGAAGGUGUAUGACGUGGUGCUGAAGCAGGCAUCCUUGGUUAAGAAGCAGUUGAGGUCUAAUGGAUAUCUUGAUGUGAAGCCGGAUAUUAUUCUUCCCGGGAAUCUGAGCUUGUUGAGUAAAGCUUAUGAUCGAUGUGGAGAAGUAUGUGCAGAGUAUGCCAAGACCUUUUACCUCGGUACUCUCCUUAUGACGCCCGAAAGAAGAAGGGCCAUCUGGGCAAUAUAUGUGUGGUGCAGGAGGACGGAUGAGCUUGUUGAUGGGCCUAAUGCUUCACACAUAACACCCACAGCUUUAGAUAGGUGGGAAUCGAGAUUGGACGAUCUGUUCCAAGGCCGUCCAUUUGAUAUGCUCGAUGCUGCUUUGUCAGAUACGGUCACCAAAUUUCCGGUUGACAUUCAGCCAUUCAAAGAUAUGAUAGAAGGAAUGAGAAUGGACCUCAGGAAGUCAAGAUACCAAAACUUCGAUGAACUAUAUCUUUACUGCUAUUAUGUUGCCGGAACUGUUGGAUUAAUGAGUGUUCCAGUUAUGGGCAUUUCAACUGAAUCGCAAGCAACAACGGAGAGUGUAUAUAAUGCUGCCUUGGCGUUAGGAAUUGCGAAUCAGCUAACAAACAUACUCCGUGAUGUUGGGGAGGAUGCAAGGAGAGGAAGAAUUUAUUUACCCCAAGAUGAGCUUGCAGAAGCAGGGCUCUCCGAUGCUGAUAUAUAUGCUGGAAAGGUCACAGACAAAUGGAGGAGUUUCAUGAAGGAUCAAAUUAAGAGGGCAAGGAUGUUCUUCGACGAGGCAGAGAAGGGAGUGACAGAAUUGAGUGAAGCCAGCAGAUGGCCGGUAUUGGCGUCGCUACUCCUAUAUCGCCAAAUACUGGACGAGAUAGAAGCUAACGAUUACAACAACUUCACAAGAAGGGCUUAUGUAAGCAAAGCUAAGAAACUACUUGCUUUGCCUAUUGCAUAUACUAAAUCGAUAAUUCGCCCCUCAAGAACCUCUCCAGAGCUUAGAAAAUACAAUCUUUGACAACAAAAUGCUGGAGUUGCCUCUAUAUGUAUAGAGAUUGAAAAGCAGAAUUUGUAUAUUAUAAAUUGUAUUGUUGCAGCCUGUAUUUAUAAAACUGAAGGGUUAUAUUUA